AUGGCGGCGGGUCUGCUGUGCGGGCGCGCUCUGCGCCGAGUGGCGGCGGCGGCGGCCUCGACCCUCGGCGGGAGCGCGAGGCGCCUGAGCCGGGAGCAGAGCGGGCCCGGAGAGGCGCCCAGCACGGAUGCCAAGCCCAGGAGAACAACCCAAAUCCCCAAGAUAUACACGAAAACAGGAGACAAAGGGUUUUCCAGCACAUUCACUGGAGAGAGGAGAGCAAAAGAUGACCAGAUCUUUGAUGCCCUGGGAACACUCGAUGAACUGAGUUCAGCCAUAGGGCUAAGUGCUGAAUUUGGCAGUGAAGGAGGCCACUCGUUUGUGCAGGAACUUCACCAGGUCCAGUGUGUGCUGCAAGACGCCAGCUCCAACGUGGCAACUCCCAUAUCCUCAGCCAGGGAGUCACAUUUAAAGCGAACAUCAUUCAGUGAAAAGCCCAUUCUGCAGCUGGAGGCCUGGAUCGAUCACUACUCUGAGCAGCUUCCACCACUCACAGCUUUCAUUUUACCCUCUGGCGGCAAAAGCAGCACUGCUCUCCAUCUCUCCAGAGCCGUCUGCCGCCGAGCCGAGAGGCGUGUGAUUCCUUUGGUGAAAACGGGAGAAGCAGAUGCAGAUGUGGCCAAGUUUUUGAACAGACUGAGCGACUACUUGUUUGUUCUUGCCCGCUAUGCUGCAAUGAAAGAAGGGAAGCAGGAGAAGAUCUACACCAGAACGGAGUAGGGAGCAGAGACCCUCUGAUGCAAGAGGUGGACUGCCAGGCUUUCAAACAGAGGACUGGACAAGAUGAAAGAUUGCUUGCGGUUUCAAACUGAGCUCUUGAAAUCUACUCCUGAAAGCUUAUUUAAAGCUUGCAGCUCCAGCCUUGCUCCAUUUUGAGACCAGUUUGCUAAGAGAAUUUGGAGCGCUCACUGUGAAUAGACUUCAGCUGCAUUUAUUGACAUGUGCUGAUAAAAGGAGAGGAGAGAAGCACAUCCCACACCUGAUGUGCUCCAGAGCCCUUCUCCGCAAGAGGUGUUCUGUUGCCAGAGGCACUUGGUGCUUUGGCUCAGACUGGCUUGCAGACCACAGCCUCCCUGUUACACUUCCUGGUCCUCUUUUUCUUUUUGAGGUCAUUGUUGAAUCCAUCAACACUUUGGCAGGAGACGCAGCAUCACAAGCACAGCAAAGUUCUGCCAUUGUAACCUUUGUGCAGGGAGAUCCUAGAAACGGCCGUUGAGAGAUGGGAGGCAGCAGUGGGCAUCACCAGAUUGGAACUCUGGGAUGCAGCUCAGCUGCCAGAGGGCUUCUGCCUUUUUCCUUUUUUCAGUAGGACUCCCAAUUUUUCACUUGCCUCUCUGGCUGCCAUUUAACAUACCUGACCCUUCCUCUUCAGCUGUUGAACUGUUCUGAGACUUCCUCUUCAGUCAGGGGAGUCUCUGUUGUACCUUUCCUCACACUGCUGUGGGGUUGUUGUUUUUUAAACAGAAGCCAAUUUUUACGAAGGGGGUAGGGAGAAACCCACCUCACUAUGACUAUUGAACCAAUUUGUCAAGUUUAUUUCCAACAUGGAGAAUAUGCUAUAAAAUGCUAAGAUACAGGAGGGCCAAGAUAAAAUAUUUUAUUAAUCUCCUAUGGCAAACUUUCCCCUCCCCACCUCAUGACACAGACAUGCAAGGCAUUGUUUUGGUGUGGGGGUGAUGUUAGACCCCUGACGGCCUGCAUAGCUUUCCUUUUUUGGGAAAGCCACACCAUGCCCAACUGUUGCGCACCAGGACAGCCAAACUGUUUCAACAUAUUUAGUACACAAUCACAAUUUGCACAUCAGCUCUGAAAAUGUAUACAUGGAGGAAGCAGUUCAUCAGAGGGUCAAGGAGACCACAGGGAGGGGGUGCUGUAUAGUGUCACCCCCAUUCCUACUCUAUUGGAGAGAUUCUAUUGGAGAGCUUGCCCCAUGCCACCCCAACAUUCCUUCUAGAUGUUUUGCACUAUAAUUCCCAUGGGCCCCAACCAGCACAGCUCUGGGCUGCUGGGAACUGUAGUCCAAAACAUCCAAAAGGCUGCCAUAGAGUAUCCUGCAACUUCUGUAGUGCAAUAUUUCCAAAUCCAUUAAGAGAAUGCUUAAUGUCUAGCAUUUAAAACAUGAGACACACAUUCUUCUGCAACAUUCAAAGUAAAAUCAAGAAAAGGUGGGGAUUUUGGUUUUCUGUUAACAGGUCAUGCUUGAGUGUCUCUGGGCCCAGCCCUUCACUAGAAUUCUUUUAAAAAACAAGCAACUAUUUUACACCUCAAGGCUAAAGAUUUGCAGUGGUGGAAUAAUCAAGGUUAGAAAGCAUUAAACGGGGCUUCUGCAAAAAGAAAAACAAUAAAACCAGUAAAACCCAA